GCUGCUUCAUUUCACCAGUGAACCAGAGCGCUGAGCUCAUCCACAGGGUCAAGAGAGUGAAGCUUGGACUUUCCUUUCUUUUCUAGGUCAGAGUCUUUGUUUUGAGCCUCAGGUGCAGCGGGGCUUUGAUUGCACGUAGCGAACCAGGGCGCGUGUUGCUUAUGAUGGUCGGAUCUCCAAGGAGUGUUUGCUCCACGCGUUGGAUUCAUAAUGCGCGUCGGAAUACACAAGGACGCUGCUGCGUAAAGGAUAACCUGAACUCCCAGUGUGGCCAUUGAAGUGUGUUUCAACUCUCCAAAGUGCAGCAUGGGUCUCUCCUCUGCGCUGCUUCUCGUUGCUUUUCUGGGCUGGGCUGAAGGUGGUUCCUCUCUCCACUACUCGGAUGGCCGGUCCAGCCGCCUCUCUCUGGAGAAAACCUUCGGCCGAUCGCUCAAAGAGUCCCAGUGCCAACACAUGUUGAAGCACCUUCACAAUGGAGCCCGGAUCUCUGUGCAGAUGCCUCCCAGUGUAGCGGGUCACUGGGUGUCCACCAGCUGUGAGGUGAGACCGGGUCCGGAGUUCCUGACGCGCUCCUACAGCUUCUACUCCAACAACACGUUCCAGGCUCACCAGUUCUACUACGAGGACAACCACUGCACCAGACCCACCUACACCCUGGUGAUCCGGGGCCGCCUGCGCUUACGCCAGGCCUCCUGGAUCAUCCGCGGCGGCACGGAGGCCGAGUACCACCUCCACCGCGUCCAGAUGGUUUGUCACACGGACACCGUGGCCGAGGAGCUCAGCCAGAGGUUCAACCGCAGCUGCAAAGGGGCCGUGAAGGGCCCCUGGGAGCCCGGCGUGGUCUACGAGCUGUGGAGCGAGGAGGCCGGCUACGACUGUUCGAGGGAGCUGAACUUUGCGAUGCAUGAGCUGCAGCUGCUGAGGGUGGAGAAGCAGUACCUGCAUCACAACCUGGAUCACCUGGUGGAGGAGCUGUUUCUCGGGGACAUCCACACCGAGCCGUCCCAGAGGCUGUACUACAAGCCGUCCAGCUACCAGAGCGCCCUGCAGAACGCCAAGAACCACGACCACGGCUGCGUCACAUGUCGUAUCAUCUUCCGCUCGGACGAGUUCCACCCCCCCAUCCUGUCGCCGCGGGCCGACCUGACCGUGGGCCUGUACGGUCAGUGGGUGAGCCAGCGCUGCGAGGUCCGCCCCGAGGUGCUCUUCCUCACCCGCCACUUCAUCUUCCACGACAAUAACCACACGUGGGAGGGACAAUACUUCCACUACUCGGACCCCGUCUGUAAGCACCCCACCUUCACCAUCUACGCCCGCGGACGCUACAGCAGAGGGCUUCACUCCACCCGCGUCAUGGGCGGGACGGAGUUCGUCUUCAAAGUGAACCACAUGCGAGUGACUCCCAUGGACUUCACCACCACCUCCCUCCUCAACGUCUUCAACGGUAACGAAUGUGGGGUGCAGGGCUCCUGGCACGUCGGGGUGCAGCAGGACGUCACCUUAACGGCCGGCUGCGUGGCACUGGGCAUCCGGCUGCCCCACACGGAGUACGAGCUGUUCCGCAUGGAGCAGGAUGCCCACGGCCGCUACCUGCUCUACAACGGCCAGCGUCCCAGCGACGGCUCCAGCCCCGACCGGCCGGAGGAGCGGGCCACCUCCUACCAGAUGCCCCUGAUGCAGUGCUCGGCCAGCAGCCAGGCGACCGAGCGCAGCAGAGCGGCCGACCUCGACCGGCCUCUGCUGCGUCGCAACGGCUGCGCGGGACGGCACGGAGGCGGCCGGCAACACGCCCGCUGGGCUCUGGCCGCGUUCGUCACGUCAUUGCUCCUCAGCUGGCAACGGUAGAGACGAGUUGGGCAAUUCUGUCGACAACAGUGUGGAUUACGAGAGCAGACUCGGCCGAUUGUGACGCAUUACUUCUCUGAGGUGGAAGAGGGUGAACACUGGCGCCCCUGAUCCUCUGAACUCCUUCCCAGCGACCAAAAGACUUAAGACUGCGGCACCACAGAAACGUUAGCACUUUAGAGUGGAACCAAAGACCAACCUGUCUGUGUUUCCACGGAUAUUCAAAGAUGUCUAUAUAUCCACACAGACCUGAGAGUACGCUUUAUAAAGUGUAUUUCAAUGCCACUAUCAAGUAAUGUAUUGCUCCUGCAAAAAGACUUGGAUGCAUUUCUACAAUAAACUCUCGACAGUGAGCUCCCUAUCUCGGUGAGAUGUGCGUGAGGAUCGUCGCUGUUUACAGUAAAAAGGCACUUCGCUAAUUGCAAAGCAGCAGUUUCUUUAAGUAUUGCAGUGUGGAGCUCAACAGAAGUGGGCCAUCGAGUCCAAAGGUCAUGCUGUUCAUUUGGAUACAACUCUGGUAAUUAACUUCCAUGUAUUCUAAAAAGCGCUCCAUCUUCACGAGCCAACACUUGACCAUGAAAAUAAAUAAAUAUCAACAUUGUAAAUGUUUGAAAAAUCACCAAAUCUAAUUGAUGCAUUGAUCUGUGUUCCAUUGUUGUGCAUUACUUGCACGACAUGUGUUAAAAAAACUGGUUACUAAAUUACAAUUUGCUUGGAAUCAUCGCAAUAUGAUUCCAAUACCCGUCUAAAAGGAGGAUAUUGAGUUGUUGUCCAGCCGUAUGUGAAUCUGCAAGCUGUGACAUGCUUUUUGUUUUUCUCAGUUAAUGGAAUACAUGCAAAGGGACCCAAAUACAUAUUUCUAGACAUAUGCCUCUGUUUUUUUUAAUUUUUUUUUUACAUGUUGGUCUUAUAGAUCAUACAUUUGUGUUUUAGAGUUAAGAUUGUUGUAACAAUAAAUAUAGAAGGCUAUGGUUAACCAGGAAUUUAACUAUUUUUUUCUGGUAAAUAUUCCUUUUUAGAACCAUCGUCUAACAUGAAUAACUGGACAUUAAUGUAACUGUAAAAGAACAGAUUCUGGUCACAAAGCACUGUAUCAAAGCCACGCAUAUCCAGAUUGUGCCUCUCCUUGAAAAGCAUUCCGUUGGGGAAGCUGAAAGAACAGACAAAAAGAUGUGGAUAGUUUUUAGAUUUAAGUUAAAUGAAUUCAAAAUUAAGGUCGUCAUGUUUGGGAGUUUACCAACAUGCUUCUAGACCAAAACAUUAAUUCUGCGUUCAAUAAAGAAGGAACAUGUAUGCCAACACGGCAUACUUUAUUUCUGCAGUGGAAAAACUUGUUUUAGCUUUCUUGUUGAUGCAGAAUGUCGUCGAGACUCAAGAAACUGAUUUCAAGAAUCUUUUUUGUUUUAACUGGAUACGGAUAUGUGUGUGUGUGUGUAUAAUAAAAGGUUUGAUACCUUA